AUGAAGAAGUUUGAGCCGCACUCGAGGAUAGCAAAUGCGACAGACGGGAAAGAGGGGGACCGUGAUUUGCAUGAAGCAGGCUACGCUGCCGAAUUUGAGAGACUCGAGGCGCAGUUGGGCGCGGGCCUGGAUUCUGUCAUCGAAAAGCCCUUUACACACAAUCCCACAUCGCUUGAAGUGCGAAGUCCAAGUCACAGACGAGUCCUGUCUGGCUCCCAGGUCGUAUCUGCGCAAUCCAUGGCAGCGCAGAAGGAAGCCGAGAAGACAGGGGGCAUUGUUGCUGUUGCAGAUAUACCCGUGGAUAUCAGUGACUUCCAUGCAGGCUCCGACUUUGACACACGAAGUAUCAUGACUACUGAUACUGGUCUGGCUAGAAGCGGGCCACAGACCAGCUAUUUCUUUCCCGAGGAUCCGGAGCAGCCAUCGUGGCGGCCAUUCUCAAUGGGUCGGCCUUGGCUUGCGAUGCUCAUUCUCAUUGCGCUUGCUCUAGCUGGUCUGCAAGAGUUUCUGUGUCAAUGGUCUCUUAUGAAGGUCAGGGAACACCCCGAGGGCGGCUUGGUAUCGUUUGAGAAGCCGGGUGACCUAACUAUUACCGAAUUCUUUACAUGGAAAUAUGCGCCCAUCAUGUCCUUCGUCUUCUAUGGUAUAUUAUGGCAGAUGACCGACUUUGAUGUCAAGCGACUCGAGCCAUAUUACCAACUGUCAAAGAAGUCGGGCGCAACAGCUGGCGAGUCGUUGAACAUGGACUAUCUGACUUUUAUGAGUUGGCUCGUCCCAUUGAGAGCCUUGCGUCACAAGCAAUAUGCGGUCAUUUACAGCUCAAUGGGCACUUUGGUAGCUAGUAGUCUCGUGCCGGUCCUUCAGUCGGCUUCCAUCGUGGUCUACCCACCAAAAAGCGAACGGAGUGGCGACAACACGCUCAAGUCAAUCAGAAUCGACCCGCCGUGGUCACGCGGGGUAUCGGGAUCGUUAGUCUUUGUAGCUUUCUCUGGAGCAGCACUCAUGUAUGCUAUGCGCCGGAAGAGUGGGCUACAAUCCGAUCCGAAGGGUAUUGCUGGCAUCGCGGCCAUGGCAACCAGAAGCCAUAUUCUUCAAGAGUUCCGCGGACUCGAUACCGCGCCUAUCGACAAGAUCCACAAGCAACUGCGGCAUCGCCGGUAUAUUCUCCAUAAGAGCGCACUGUGGCAGGGAGAAUUCAUCCGAAAUAACGCGGAGAAGGUACAUGAGCAUGGUGCGGAUCCUCGACCACUCAUGCUUCGCAAGCGUUCUGGUGUACCUUUCAUCACCUUCAUGGUACUUGUGACGGCGUCCAUCCCGGUCUUCAUGUUCUACGACGGCGCAGGUAUAGUCACAGAGAAGCUACCUUUCCUCAUGACUGCCCUAGCUACUGUGAUCCGAAUGCUCUGGAACACGAUGAACUCCGACGUCCGGAUGCUGCAGCCAUUCUGGAUCCUCGCCCAGCGCCACGCACCCGCAAAAACCCUUACGCUCGACUACGCCGGCACGAAUCCACUACUCCUCCCUUUCGUCGCCAUGUCCAAUGGCCACUACCUCGUCAUGGUCGUCGCCUUUGGCUCCAUCCUAGCCGAGAUCCUCACAGUCUGCGUCUCCUCCAUAAGCGUCGACGGCAAGAAAUUCAUCCCAGGCAACGGCGACCGCGACGAAGACGACCCCUCCGACAUAUCCCGGCACAAUACCGAGCAAACCUUCCGCUCCUUCUGGUCCUCCUUCUUCCUCACCAUGGCCAUCCUGCUCUACCUGAUCACCAUCGCACUCGUCACCUACGUCAAGCGCUCGCACAAAUUCAUGCCGCGCCAGAUCGGCACCAUGGCGUCUGUGCUCGCGUUUAUCCACCAGAGCCGCAUGCUGCUGCUGUUCAUCAACACGGAGAAAAUGGACUCGAGACAGAUGACGCGGCACUUGGAGAAGACGGGCAAGACGUUUGCGCUGGGCUGGGUGGGGGGCAGGAGUGAUGGGGAUGACCAUUUGGCGAUUGAUGAGGAGGAGAUUUUGGCCGAGUAUAGGUACGGGGUGGAUUGGACGAAGACGAGGAUUUUGGGACAUCAGGUUGGGGCGUGGGAGCAUUAUGAGUCGCAGGGAGGGUGA